AUGCUGCAUGCAGCAGAGCAAUCGACUCAUUGCAUAGGGUCGGCGGUUCCUGCCAUCGCCUGCCUACUACGCGCCGCGGCGGCACCUCGACGCACGGACGCGUGCCUCGCGCGCCACCUCCAAGCUGACUCGGCAUGUCUCCGCUCACUUACGACGACAGCUGUGAUCCUUGGCACGGGCCGUGAGCUGCGGAGGAGCCGAAGCCAGCGCAAGACGCCGGUGCUCUCCCGCGUGUUGCUAUUUCAUCGAGGCGUCGGGUCCCACGCUCAGGCGGUCAGCCGAGCGACCAGGCCCUGGGCUUGGGCAGUCUCGUCGGCUCGCAUCCGAGGCUGGCCUCCACCCAACAGUGCGCCAGUCAAGACAGCGCGGAGGUGCUGCAGUCUGGCCAGAGCUUCCGACCCAGUGAGCAAGGACAGCUCGGCGGUGCGCUCGCCAAAAAAAUGCGCCAGGCUGCCGCACUUUUUCAUGCAAAGCCACGUCGGCCGGCCAAUUUCGCCUGCGCUGCCGCUGCCGCUCGACCUUAAUUUGUGGGGGCGCAUGGAUGUCGUGUGCAACUCACGCCUGGACCCGCGCCCGGCGCCAGCUCCCGCCUCGCGAUCGUCCAAGCGCCGCCAUCGCUACGCUGCACGAAGGCCGUCUUUCGCACACCGACUCGCGUGUUGGUUGGGUGGCAACGCAUGCCUCCUGUCGGACGGGGCUGCAUUACGCACGAGUGAGCUCGUCUCAUCGCCCAUCCCUGUCCUCAUUCAGCUUCGAGAGGGCAUGCUCAGCUCGGAACUCGGAAGGCGCAAGCCAAGUUUCCUUUCUUCUUGCUCUUCCUCCUUGGACCCUGGAAGCCCCGCCUGCUCACCGCACACCUUCUCCUCGUCCCUAUUCACACAGCCCAUCAUGGCGGCCGAUCCCUUUGCGCACGCGCGGCCCAAUUGGGAGCAUAUAUCGUCCGCACCCGGGCUCGACUCGGACCGCGUGCCGCUCGCGUCCACCGCACCCGUGCUCAAGAUCUACGAAGAGGCGGUGCAGGAACCGGGCGUCGAGUGCCGCAACAUCGACUCGCUCUACAGCCAGGCGCAGCUCGACGGCUCGGACCGCUACGAUGCACGCAUCCUCCGCGAAGACUUUUGCAGCACCGCCAUCAUCGCCACCACCUGGGCGGGCAUGGACGCGCGCAACCGCAGCCAGGGCGUCGACAUCGACCUCGUCGCGCUCAAAGAUACCCACGCGCGUCUGCGCAACCGCCCUGGCUUUGUGCAGCUGCUCCAGUCGCCCAGUUUCGCCCAGGAUGGACCAUAUACCAAAGUGCUAUCUGCAGAAGUCUUGCCUGCGACUGGCGCAGAGACAGAAGCAGUCAAAGAGACGCCGCAAGACGCCGCGCCGGCAGCCGACACGUGGGCGCCAGGAGCAGCAACCGAAAGAUUCGAUCGAAAGCGCAACAAGAAGCUCGCAAAGCAAGCCAAGAAGGAUGCUGCCAUCGAGGCGGCGCGCGUAGCACGUGCAGCCUCGCAACCCCCCGCGGCUGACGGUCCAAAGAUGAAGCUGCUCCACAGCGACGUGCUCGAUCUUCCCGUUGCGCCCGUCGCGGCCGAAAGCCUCGACUCUGCACUCGAGGCACCGGACGUGAUAGCGUCGCUCAACUAUGCCAUGGCGUACUUUCACGAUCGCGCCACGCUGCUGCGCUACCUGCGCAUGGCGCGCGCCACUCUGCGUCCCAAGACGGGCGUGUUUAUCACCGACAUGUUCGGCGGGCCCAGUACGGGCGAGUCGUAUCCCGACCAAGACGCCACCUGGGCGCGAUUCCAGGGCGAGGUCGGCUUUGGCAGGGAUGGCGGUGACGCGCGCGGGCAGUAUGUGCUUCGCGCUGAUCGGUCGAGGGCCGGCUUGCGCAAAGACGCCAGCACCCACGCUGGGCUAGCCGCCAUCGAUGGACGUGGUGCGAACCGUGCGCGUCCCGCCCGGGACAACGAUGCGGACGACGAAGAGGCCGAGCGUGUGCUGGAGCUCAUGCCUGCGCCAGACUCCUCAUCGCUAGGCACGAGGGCAGAGUGGCCACGGGGCAAGCUGAAGCUCGUGCGUACGGGCGAGGAGCACGGCGGCUUCGAGUACUGGCGCGAAGACGGGCCGGUGGACUGGAUGACGAACCGCUUCCGCAUGAGUCUCAGCUUCCGCUUCUCGGACGCCAGCUGGCUGCGCGAUGUCUUUUCGUACGACUUCCGCGUGUGGAGCAUCAAAGAGCUCACCGAGGCCAUGGAGGAGGCCGGCUUUGUGCGCGUCCAGGUGCACAUCCUCCCGCGCAACAUCGUCGACUCGGACCGAGGCGAUGCCAUCGAUGACGACGCAAGCGAUGCAGCAAGCGAAGCAGCAGACGAAGCGGAUAGCAUGGCCGGCCUCCUGCUGAGGACCGAAAAGGAAGAGCGCAAUAAGAGCUCGUAUACCGCAGUCAAGGCGGGCGAAAAGGUGUUUGCCAACCGUAGCUUUGCAACUUACAUUGUGGCAUGUGCACCAUAG